AGCCUGUUCACGAGCGUCAAGAGUUACUUUGCUAGCCUGGGCCUUUCUACCAACACCCUCUUGACCGAACACGCGGAGUGCACGCACCACGAGGAUCUAGUCGAUGGUGAUGAGAACGCAGACGUUGCUACAACACGCACCCCAUCUCCCAUCACAGAAACGAUCGCCCCCGGGCGGUUGCGCUCCUUGUUCCCACCCAGCAACUACGGCGCUGUUGUCCCAGGCAGUGUGUACCGAAGCAGCUAUCCCCAGGCAAAAAACUUCGACUUCCUGCGAAGCUUGAAGCUCAAGACCAUCAUCACCCUGGUUCCCGAGGAGAUCUCGGAGGAAUAUCGCGAGUUCAUGAAGUCGGCCGGCAUCCAGCACUUUCAGGUGCAUAUCAACGCCAACAAGGGCGCCGUCCGAGUCCAGAGCUGCGAUAUCAACCGCGCUCUGAACAUCGUGUUGGACCGCUCGAAUCACCCCAUCCUUAUCCACUGCAAUAAGGGCAAGCACCGGACUGGGUGUCUCGUUGCUACCGUGCGGCGCAUCCAGGGUCUCGACAUUGACGCCACCCGCCACGAGUACCACACGUAUGCGGACCCGAAGGCUCGCUUCUGGGACGAAGUCUUCUUCGAGCAUUUUGACGUCAACACGGUGAUGUGGCUUGCGCGCAAGGAGAAUUGGGUGCUACCCGAGGUCGAUGGGACGCCCAUCUCGCCUCCGCCAUCG